ACAUAGCAGACGCCCUCUGCGACGCGGUAUUUUCGAGUCCUCGGGCCGGUCCGAGUCCGGCAGUUCUUCCUCUUCGUUCUUUUUAGUUUUUCCAAUGGAAAGGCAACCAUUGAGUUAUUUAUUCUGGCCUAGGAGGCCCGAGCGAACCACGUAGCUUUUUGUCGACAUGAGCGGCAGGUCUAGGACUCUCUUUCAAACAUGGGGCUCCAGGGUCACUCGUUCCAUUCUUUCCUCCUCCGAGGUUGGUUCCGGAGUCGGGCAGCCUCAGGGCCUUGUCAGCCUCGGAGCUUGCGCCCCAGAGGAUGUGGAGGCGCCCGAGACGGAGCCGCCAGAGGCUGACGAUGAAGUGCUGCUGGUGGCCGUGUACGAGGCCGAGCGGCGUCCGGGCAGCGGCGAGAACCCGGUCUCUCCUGAGGCCCUAGAGGACUGCGGAUUCUGCUCCGGGGCGGGGGCCGUGUGGAUCUAUCCCACCAAUUACCCAGUGCGGGACUACCAGCUGCGCAUCUCGGAGGCAGCUUUGUUCUGCAACACCCUAGUCUGCCUGCCCACUGGCCUGGGCAAGACCUUCAUCGCCGCGGUGGUCAUGUACAACUUCUACCGCUGGUUCCCUAGUGGCAAGGUGGUCUUCAUGGCCCCUACGAAACCUUUGGUCGCGCAACAGAUAGAGGCCUGUUCCCGGGUGAUGGGCAUCCCCCAGGGCCACAUGGCCGAGAUGACAGGUUCUACCCAAGCUUUCAUCAGGAAAGAAAUAUGGCAUAAGAAAAGGGUUCUUUUCCUUACUCCUCAAGUCAUGAUGAAUGACCUUUCUCGAGGAGCCUGUCCUGCUGUUAAAAUUAAGUGUCUAGUUAUUGAUGAAGCACAUAAAGCUCUUGGAAACUAUGCUUAUUGCCAGGUGGUACGGGAACUGGUUAAAUAUACGAAACACUUUAGAAUAUUGGCUCUCAGUGCUACACCUGGUAAUGACACAAAGGCUGUCCAACAAGUUGUUUCAAACCUACUAAUUGGGCAGAUAGAACUUCGUUCGGAAGACUCUUCAGAUAUUUUGCCAUUCACUCAUGAAAGACGCAUUGAAAAACUUGUUGUUUCCCUUGGGGAGGAACUUGUAACAAUUCAGAAUACAUAUAUACAGAUUUUAGAAACAUUUGCUAGUCGCUUGAUUAGAGUUAAUGUUCUGAUGCGACAGGAUAUACCUAACCUUACAAAAUUUCAGAUAAUUUUAGCAAGAGAUCUAUUUAGGAAAAAGUUAUCUUCUCACAUUCUGGGUGGACAACAAGGCAUUAUUGAAGGAGAUUUUGCUAUUUGUAUUAGUUUAUAUCAUGGUUAUGAAUUACUACAACAAAUGGGAAUGAGAUCCUUGUAUAUCUUCCUUUGUGGGAUUAUGGAUGGAACUAAAAGUAUGACUCGAACCAGAAAUGAACUUAGCAGGAAUGAACAAUUCAUGGAACUCUUUGAGCUCCUAGGAAAAAUGUUUUCAGAUAGGCAUCCUAACCAAAUAGGACCCAAUGAUAAAAAAUUUAUCUAUAGCCAUCCAAAGUUAAAAAAAUUAGAAGAAGUUGUAGUUGAACACUUCAGAACCUGGAAAGAUCAAAAUACAUCUGAAAAAAAAUGUGAUACCAGAGUUAUGAUAUUUUCAUCAUUUCGAGACAGUGUUCAAGAAAUUGCAGAAAUGCUUCAAAAGCAACCAGAGGUCAGAGUGAUGACUUUUGUUGGCCAUGCUUCAGGGAAAAGCACAAAAGGUUUAACACAAAAGGAACAACUUGAGGUAGUAAAACGAUUUCGUGAUGGUGGUUAUAACACUUUGGUUUCUACAUGUGUUGGUGAAGAAGGUUUGGAUAUAGGAGAAGUUGAUCUAAUCAUCUGUUUUGAUGCUCAGAAAAGUCCAGUUCGUCUUGUACAACGAAUGGGCAGAACUGGCCGGAAACGUGAAGGCAGGAUAGUUAUCAUUCUUACAGAAGGAAGAGAAGAAAGUGCUUAUAAUCGAAGUCAGUCUUGCAAAAGAAGUAUUUAUAAAGCUAUUUCUGGUAACAGCAAGACUUUUCAUUUUUACCAAGGAAGUCCACGUAUGAUUCCUGAUGGAAUUUAUCCAAAAUUACACAAAAUGUUCAUCACUCAGGAAAUUUAUGAACAGGCAAAGCAAUCCAAAAUAUGCCCCAAAUCAUCUGUCAAUGGAAAGAAGCAAUGCAACUCAAAGAAAGCUUGGUCUUUAACAGAAGAAGAAUUUAGGUUAUGGAACAAACUAUAUAGAUUAAGAGAAAGUGAUGAAUUUAACGAAAUAGUGUUGCCCAAAACUAAAUUUGAAUCUUUACAAGAUGAUGAUCUAUCAAAUCAUGAAUCAAGACCUGGAAGUUAUCAGCUUUCUUUGUCUGAGUGGAGAGUUUGGCAAAAUUGUCCUUUUCCUACCCAUCAAGUUGACCAUUCUGAUCGCUGCUAUCACUUCAUAAGCAUCAUGGAAAUGAUAGAUCAAAUAAGAAAUGAAGAGGAUGAAUGCAGCUAUGAAUUGAAACUUAAACCCUACUUACAAAUAGGAGAUAUUAGUUCAACAUCAGAUGUUCUCAGAAAUAAACAUGCCUCUUCUGCUUCUGUGAACAUGACUACUUUACAAAAACCUUCAUUCAAAAGGAAUAUGAAACAAAGUUGUUCAUCUUCAUUAAUAGAGUUUGAUGAAGAAUGUUCCCAAGAAUUUAAAUCCAACAAAAACUUUUCUUCAAAAGUGAAAACCCCAAAAGAAAUGACAAAAGAACAGCUUAAAACAAACAAUAAUGAUAACUUUAGCAAUUCCUUAAUAACUGAGGUAAAUUCUGUAGUUAGUUGUAACUUUUCAGAAGUACCACAAGUUGCUAAAGUGUCAUUAGACAUAGACAAUGUCACAAACACAAAUACUGCCCAUGGUCACCUGUGUGAAUUGUUAGUAGAAUGCUCACCUAUAGAUAAAUCUGAAAGUUCAUUUGUUAGAAAUCAUGUAGCAUCUAGUUAUAAUGAUUUUACUGAUGGAAAAAGUAUUUCAUCUAGCAUAUUUUAUCUCCCAGAAGAUCCUGACUUACUUAAAACAUCUCCAUUGUGUGACAAAUGUUUCAUACUGACCAAAGAAACACUUAACAAUGUAGAAAGAUUUUUAUCUGAGUCUCCUCCUCAUCGAGAUGAACUCUAUAAUUUGAAAGAUGAAAUCAUAAAGAAAUCUUCAUUUAAAAAUCUACAAGAUGAUAUGUCCAAUUAUUUCAUGUCAACUUCAUUUGUCAACCCUCCUUUAUGUUCAGAAAUAAAUUCACCAAAAUUACAUUCAUCUAAAAGUAACCAGCUUUCACAAAUAAAUUCUAAUAGGAUGGUUGAUAGAUCAAGUUGUGAUGAACAUGAGAAUGAAAUAAACACAUGUGUCCAAAAUGACAAAAGGUCAUUUGGUGAUCAUACCCAAAUAAAUGGAUCUCCUAAAAGAUAUUUAGUUAAAAAAAAAACUGGUGAGGUUUGUAAGACUCUCAUGAAAAAAUUAGGUAUUGAGCAAGAUCAGGAAAGAAAGUUUUCUGAAGCUACUGAUACUGAAUUUAAUCAAGUGAGCUCUCCUUAUAUAAAAAAUAACUCCAAAUAUUUAUCUGUAUCAGAUGAAGCUUUUACAAGAGAAGUGGUACAAGUAUCUCCAUUCCGCAUUUCUGAUGAAUGUUUGCUAGACUUUGAUUCAGAAACCAAAAUUCCAUUAAUCCAGUCUACCAAAUUUGGUACUUCUUUUGAAGAUAUAGGAGUAAGCAAUGAAAAUUUCCAGAAUGAUGACAUUUUUGAUUGUUCUAAAGAGUUAUUCUCUGUUAAUUUUGAUUUGGGAUUUUGUAGUCCAGAUUCUGAUGAGGAAGACUUAGAGCAGGCACAAGAUGUAAAUAAAAAUGUCCAUCUAAAAGUGGAUGCUUCUGGCAGUCAUGUCAAUACUACACAGAUAGCUACAGAUUAUGGCCCAAGUAAAGAAUCUAUCCUAAGUACUUAUGAAAAAAGUAAUAUUAGAAGAAGCAUUUCUACACCAUCAAAGCUACAACAUCACUACCCAAAUUAUAUAUUUUCUCCACUGGAGACCACAAAAGAUAAAGAAUUUGAGUCUCCUGGUAAUUCUUCAGCUGCCUCGAUUUCUUUGCCGUUAGGAGAAAAUGUUAUGAGCACUCCUCUCCGUACACCAAAUCCAAUGGAUUUAUUCUCUACAGCGACACAAGAAAUAUUUGAUACAUCAACUACCAAGAAAAAAGUAAAUUUAAGAGGGAUUAAAAAAACCUUGAGUUCAACUUUUGAAAAAGUGGGAAUUACAAUGGAAAAGGCUGACAGCAAUGAAGAGAUUAAUCUUUUUGAAUCUUGCCAUUAUUCUGAUGAAGGAAAUAGCAUUGGAAGUGAAAAUGAUGUAGUUUUCCAAAGAAAGAGUAAAAAGGUGAAAAGGGAUCAUCUGAAAUCUCCCAAUGUUGGGAAGAGCAGUGACAUUGAAUCUCCUGUUUGUGUUGUCAAGAAAUGUAGGCGUCUAUUAAGUACAUCAGAAUCAUCUAGUGAUGAAAGUAUAGAUUUUCAUAAACCAGUUCUAACUCAAGACGAUUUCCAGAGCAAUAAAAGGAAUCCUCCAAAAGAUGUGAGAGUCCUAAAACGUUAUAGAAACCGAAAGCAUGAAGGCAGGCAGUUUUUAGAUGAAGAAGCUGAAAUUUCUGAAGAUGCAGAAGGUAUUUCAUCCGAUGAAAGUGAAAAAUCAGAAAAUGAACAAGAUUCUUUACUAGUUGACUUUCUAAAUGAUGGAACUCAACUUUCACAGGUUCUAAACGAUUCUGAGAUGAAAAGUGUUUAUCUGCAAUCUGUUCGCAGUCCAUUGGUAGGCAAUAUGUAUAAAAUGGUGCACAAGAAAUAUGAUUCCAUGAAUAUUUUCUCACAGAUCCCUGAACAAGAUGAAUCUUAUUCUGGAGAUAGCUUCUGUGUUAGUGAUGAGGAAGAACAUCCUAUCAAUGACUCAACUGAAGAAGUGUGCAUUGAUUUCAGCUUACUAAAUGAAGACAGUUUUGUUGAUGGAAGAAAAAAAUAUCAUACACGACGUUUAGCAAAAUUAAAAAGAUUUAAUGCUCAGAAUAAUUUUGCAUUCAAGAAAAAGAAAGUAUCUAGAAUUAUUGUACCUGAUGAUUCAAGUGAAGAAGACAACAUUGUUAAUGUUCAUGAUAAAACAGAAUCUGCUUAUGUAAUUGAUGGCAGCAUAUGUAGCAAAACAGAAAAACAAAAUGAUUGUCUCCAAAAAGCACUACUUUCUGGGUCUUUGAAGAGGGAAGAAGACCCUAUUAAGCCAAUUGCUGUUAAUAAUUCAAUCACAGAGGGACAAAAAAGACCACUUAAUAUCAAGUGUACAGUUUCUGAAGCUUUAGAUGAAAACCGCCAGUGUGAUCAUAAAAUUAGAUCUUUAUUGAAUGCUGAUUCCCUGAAAAACUGCAAAAAUUUCACAACCCAGCACAAGGUUAAUAAUGAUCUGGUGGAUGUUAAUUCAAAACCCACUUCCAGUUCAAACCAAAAUUUGAUUAUGACACCUACUUCAUUUGAACUUCCAGAGAAAAGUAAAAGAACCUGUAUUCUUGUGGAUAACCGGGAAAUCUCCUCAGGUUCAGAAAUAAUUUCCUCUUUGAGAACCAUUCAUGGUUUAGAAGUAGAGGUUUGUCCACUCAAUGGCUGUGACUACAUUGUUAGCAACCGAAUGGCAGUGGAAAGAAAAUCCCAAUCAGAGAUGGUAAACAGUAUGAAUAGAUGUAAACUUAUUGAGAAGAUUCAGUAUUUGCAGAAUAUAUUUGAAAGAGUAUGUGUGAUCGUGGAAAAAGACAGAGAAAAAAAAGGAGCUGUAUCGAAAGUAUUUCAAAGGACCAAGAACUAUGAUAGCCUUUUGUCUGCCUUAAUUGGUGCUGGAAUUCGAAUACUUUUCAGCUCCUGCCAGAAAGAAACUGCAGAAUUGAUUAAGGAAUUGACUUUAGUAGAAAAGAGAAAGAAUGUUGGUAUUCAUGUUCCAGUAGCUGUGAAAGAUGAUAAGCGUGACAUAUUCCGGUUCUAUUUAAGUAUUCCCAAUAUAAGCUAUGUAACAGCUCUAAAUAUGUGUCACCAUUUUUCAUCUGUGAAAAAGAUGACUAACAGCUCUCUUGAAGAAAUCUCUCUGAAUGCACAAGUAAGUCAUCAGAAAGCUGAAGAGAUCUAUCACUAUAUCCACUAUGCUUUUGAUAUGCAAAUGUUACCAGACAUUAAAAAUGGUAGACUGAAAUAAGAUAUAUCAUAGCAAACAACUUAACAUGGUCUCAUCAAGAACAUGAGAAAAGAUUCCUAUAAAACAAAUACAGAUGAAUAAUAAUUGUUAUAUUUCCAUUUUAUGGAAGAAAUUAUGUAAAUAAGACAAUGUUUAUUGUUUAAGUUAAAUAUAAGUAUAUAUGUUAUUCCUGGAUAUUUAAGUAUUCAUAAGUAAUUAAUUUAACUGAAUAUAUUAAAAGCCAGGGGUUUUAUGAGGUAGGAAGAAUGAAGUACAGGUUGCUUCAGUGUAUGUCACAGUUUAGGAAAUGUGAAUUUUCUUGAAAUUUCUCCAAAAAAUGGAAGGAUUAUUGCUAUGCACUAUUAUCAUGAAUGGUUAAUUGCCCCAACUUCCUCCUCCCAAUCCCUAUGUUGCUGUUAGGGAUAAUUAUCAUUGCAAAAACCCAACAAAUAGAUAAUUAACUGGACUUUUGUAAAUAAUGUAAAAUAAACUUGCUACAAAA